AUGUCUAUUAAGGCCAAUCUGGAGCCAUUUAGGCUUACACCAGAAGGCAUGUACACUAUCAUGGGCGGACUGAAAAUUGGGGGCUACAGAUCUGCGAUGCAGUAUCUGGACCUAGCCAAACAAGAGCAUAUACGCUUGGGCCAUUGUUGGACCGAACAACACGCUCUGGCCUACAAAGUUUGUGCCCGAUCGUGCAAACGGGGCCUCGGCUCCGCGAAGCAGGCCGCGGCACUGCCACUGGGAAGGCUCCACGAAAUCCGCGAGGAAAGGGUGUUGGCGCCGUCGGGGCCCAUCAAACCUGUCAUCUCCACCAUCGUGGCAUCCUGGUGGCUCCUGAGGGAGCUAGAAGCUUCGCGCGCCCGCGUUCGCCAUAUCACUCUACAGGCUGAUACGCGGACGGUUUCCUGGCUGCUGCCAUCGUCCAAGACAGACGUAGCAGCACUCGGGACCACGAGGCGACACUCAUGCUCAUGCUCAGUGUUGCCAGCUGGUCUUUGCCCCUACCACCUAGUCGUGGAGCUCAUCCGUGACAAAGGCCCUGCCGAUCCUGUGUUUACAGAUGCCAGGGGUCUUCCCCCAGCCAAGGCGGGUUGGGCAGACACGUUUCAACAGCUGGCUGUUUUGCUCGAUCUUCCUACAUGUUGGCCAAAUGGUGCCCGAGCCUACACCGGCCAUUCGGCGAGGGCAACAGGUGCACAGUAUCUGGCAGCCCGCGGCAUCGAGCUGUGGCGCAUCCAGAUCUUCGGUCGAUGGGGCUCGGAUGCCAUCCUUCGGUAUAUCCGCGAAGCACCGCUUGAGCAGCUAGCGGAGUUAGCCAUCGAGUCGGGGCACCGAGAAGCCUUAGGCCGUAUUCGUCGCGAGCUGGAGUCUUUACUUAGUCAGGCCAAACCUCUUUUGGCCAUCCCUGACCAAAGUUGGCUCCCGGAGAUGGGCGCGCGUGGCCUUGUCCAGCGAGGCAAGAUUCAUCGGUGCUUAUCGGACCUCAAUGAUCCGGCUGCGCCAGAUGCAAGCACUGCUUUCCAGAAUCACGGGAAGCACCCAGUGCUUCCUCCUCGUCCGUGGGAUAACGAUGCGUCUGUGGGUGUCU